AUGAUUCUUCGACUGUCCAGCAUUGCGCCGAUCCGCACAUUCUCCCUUCGUCGACUACAAAUCCUUCGUCUCCGCAGCAACAUGGCAACACCACCCGUCGACACCAGGCCCAUUGUCCUGUCUGGCCCUUCCGGUGUUGGCAAGGGCACUCUAUACGAGCUUCUCUUCCGGCGGCAUCCCGACUGUUUCACCCUAUCUGUUUCGCACACCACCAGGGCGCCCCGCAAUGGCGAGCAGGAUGGCGUGAACUACCACUUUGUCACGAUGCAGGACUUCGAGGACCUCAUCGCGAAAGACGGGUUUGUUGAGCACGCCAAAUUCGGAGGCAACCGUUACGGUACCAGCAAAAAGACCAUCCAGGAGCAGGAGAGGAAAGGUAAGGUUGUGCUGCUCGACAUUGAAAUGGAGGGCGUCAAGCAAAUCAAGCAAUCUGGGAUUGACGCUAGAUAUAUCUUCAUCUCUCCUCCGGAACCUGCUUUGGAGACUCUAGAACAGAGGUUGCGCGGACGCCAGACCGAAACCGAGGAAAGCCUCCAGAAGAGGCUGAGCCAAGCAAAGAAAGAGCUGGAAUUCUCCAAGGUUUCUGGCGUACAUGACACCAUUAUCGUGAACGACGACUUGGAGACCGCCUACAAAACAUUGGAAGACUUCAUCUACAAACCCGCGGCCUAA